AUGCCCAUGACUGCGAAAAUGGCAUCCUCUCAGCGGCUUCUCUUUUACGCCGGAAGGCAAAGCGCAGCAGCUCUUGCUACCAAUGGCUUUGUGCAUGCAAGACCAGGGCUGCGCUUCGCUAGUACAGCGCAAAUGAAGCCAGUGAAUAUCGUUGAAGGAUCCUUUUGGAAGUCUCUUAUCCCCAAGCCGAUGCGCAGGGCGAACCGCAAGCUGAAGACGACGGAGAAGAAGGACUGGAACCCGGCCACCUAUUUUAUUGUUAUGUUUCUCUUUAUCGGAUCAAUGUCUAUUCAAAUGAUUGCGCUGCGACACCAGACGGAUCGAUACAUGCGACAGUCGUCACUACGGAUUGCCCAGCUUCGAGAAGUGGUCCAGCGCAUACAGAACGGAGAAGAUGUUGAUGUAGAAAGGAUUUUGGGUACCGGUGAUCCCCAGAAAGAGACAGAAUGGGAAGAGGUAUUGCAAGCAAUUGAGCGCGAUGAAGUAUCUCGAAACCCCGAGAAGCAGCCUAAGCAGAAGCAUACGGAAGCCCAGAUUAAGACGACAAGCCAACCCGAGAGCGCUUCUCAGCAGCCGCCCCCAGAGCAACCUGUGAAGACGAAGACGGCCAGUUUUGGAAAUUUCUUUUGA